CAAGCUACAGAGGAGCACAUACAGGCACCGAUGCGAGUGAAAGCGGGGUCUAACUGUCAACGGCGUGCGCACCGGGACUGUUGUUGUUAGCUUACAACGCAUUCUCCCGCCUCCAAGUUUACUUUUUUAUUUACGAUACUUUACGACAACUUGAGCUGUCUGUUUUUCUGUGCUUCUUCGCUGGUUACGCGGGACGCUUGUGAAGAGGCGUGCGGGCAUGGAGGCGCUACAGCUGUGAGAGACACUCGGAUUUCCCUGCGAUAUUUCACUGUCAAUAAUGGACAGUUGAUGGAUUUAAAGAACUCUGACUGAUUCAAGUGGGAAAGGAUAAAGUGGACGAAGCCUUCUGAACAGAGGCAGAAGGCCUUCUCUUGGCUCACUUCUAGGAUCUACUCUAUCAUCACUGCAGGGCGGUUGAACUACAAAGAAGUGUCAUGGCUGCCUACGGACAGACUCAGUACAGCCCUGCGAUCCAGCCGGCGGGACCCUAUGCACCAUACACCCACCAUGCACAAAGUUACAGUGUUCCAUCAUACAAUAUCAAAACAGAAGAAGGUCUGAGCCACUCUCCGGGACAGACAGGGCUUCUAGGCUACUCAAACUUCAGCAGCACUCCUCCUAGCCAAAGUCUCUACAGCUACUCACAUACACACGGUGGUGGCAUCUCAUCAGGAAUUUUUCAAGGAACCCAUGCGAUUUCCAGUUCAACGCCAUUUAACCACACCCAGCAGGAUUUUUCUGCGUAUUCCAGCUACAGUCAAGGCCAGUACUCAUAUUACAACUCACCCUACAACAGCCCCUACCUAACCAGUAGCAACAUCAGCCCCGGCGCCAUCACAGCUCCAGUGGCCUAUCAGCAUCCAGAGCACUCCGUCAUGCUGCCCAAUCACAGCCCAGAGUCACACACAGGAGAGUACCACACACCCCCAAGCCCCCCCACCCCAGGGAAAGAGGAGGGCAUCCCGGCGAGAAGAGCCCCGGAUGGGAAGCUGCGAGGCAGGAAGAGAGUGAACGACCCCGCGCCCCCUCUGGACUCUGACAUCGAGAGGGUGUUUAUCUGGGACCUGGAUGAAACCAUCAUCAUUUUCCACUCGCUCCUCACGGGAACCUUCUCCUCACGAUUUGGCAAGGAUUCAUCGCGUGCUGUGUCACUUGGUCUGUGGAUGGAGGAGAUGAUUUUCAAUUUGGCUGACUCCAGACUCUUCUUCAAUGACCUAGAGGAAUGUGACCAAGUUCACAUCGAUGACGUGGCUUCAGACGACAAUGGACAAGACUUAAGCACUUAUAACUUUGGUUCGGAUGGCUUCCAGACCCCAGCGGGGGCUGGCUCCCUCUGCCUGGGGUCGGGGGUGCAUGGGGGUGUGGACUGGAUGAGGAAACUGGCCUUCAGGUACCGUCGGGUCAAGGAGAUCUACAACACUUACAAGAAUAAUGUGGGAGGUUUACUGGGCAGCCCAAAGAGAGAGGAGUGGCUUCAGUUGAGGAGAGAGAUGGAGGUGCUCACAGACCUAUGGCUCACACAAGCACUCAAAGCUCUGGCUCUUAUCAACUCCAGGACGAAUUGUGUCAAUGUUUUGGUGACCACCACACAACUCAUCCCAGCCCUGUCUAAAGUCUUACUGUACGGCGUGGGGUCUGUGUUUCCCAUUGAGAAUAUAUAUAGUGCCACUAAAACAGGUAAAGAGAGUUGUUUUGAGCGCAUAUCUCAGCGGUUUGGGCGGAGGGCGGUGUACAUUGUCAUUGGAGACGGAGCGGAGGAGGAAACCGUGGCCAAAAAGAAAAACAUGCCUUUCUGGAGAGUGUCCUGCCGCGCUGAUCUGGAGGCACUGAGCCAUGCACUAGAGCUGGACUACCUCUAGAGGGCGCCACAUGAUCACACACUAAAGAUAUUCAGCUUCUGUGUGCAGCUAGUGGAUGGGAAGUUGCCACUACAGACUUACUUCAGUUACAAGACUUGAUACAAACCAAAGGGACCGAAAAUGGACCAGUUUUGGAUGCCAUCGCAACAUCAUCUGAAAUUUGAAGCACAAAAGUUGGAUCAAAACUACAAAGGACCAGAGCUUCAGAAAUGAACUUAAAAUUUUAAUGAUAUUUUUCAGUUUUCAUCUUUUUUUUCUUCCUUUUUUUUGUACAUAACAGAUUGAUGCACUGAAUACAACAACACCCUUUUAACCUGCAGAUAAAAAGCCAUUUGGCAAAAAAUUACACACAUUUUACCAAACCAUAAACUAAAUCUUGAAUACAAUUUACUGCAUGAUAACUGUGAUUUGAUUUAUCAUAAUUGCGUUAACCCUUUGACUAUUUAAAACAUUAACAAAAUUAACUAAAACGUCAUGAUAGACAUACAGUAGCCACUAUAAAGUCCCUAUAGUUAGAGGCUAUUCAAAUAGUCUGUUUUUAUAUAAGAAUGUGAUUUAUUUAUUGUUGAGUUUGCGGCAUUUCUUAAGGACCCAAAACAUGCUCUUUAAAAUGUCUCCAAAAUGCUGUGUAUUGGCUGGGGCUGGAAUAUGUGGGUUGUAUGUUGUUUUGUUUUGUUUUUCUUUGCUUUGUGUAAUAUUUCUUGUGGAGGAUCCCUGCUUCUUUCUAUGGAUAUGUCAUUGCUUUGUCUGGAAUGUUCCACAAUAUGGCAUUAAACAGCUCUACUUAACAUUUAAUCAAUUACAGGUGGUUUUAUAGCUCAAAAAUACCUAGAAAAACACUCAUUUUGACUGUGAAUGGGGUCGCCUCUCCACAGAUCUGACCUGUAACUUGGUAGGGUUUGAUAUCCAUGAAGAUAGAAAGGUUUAAAACAUUCCAGACAAAGUAAUAACUCCAUGGAGAAAAGCAUUUGAUGGACACUUCACCAGGAAAGUUACACAAUGCACCUUUGAUUUUCUUCUGUCAUUUUCCUAAUCUCCUGUUUUGUAAAAUAGACUGUUAUGAGAGUGCAUGUGCUGAGUCCACUUCAGUCAGAUUAGUAAUGAUAUGUAUAUAAUGCUUUAUUGUUGAUUUAUUUUUAGAUUAAUACAAAUAAAUUAAGUGCUUU